CUAUAAUGAAGUGCGCGUAGACUAAAUACUAGAUUCUAAUUUCCAGUCAAAUAUUAUCCUCACUUACUCAAUAUGUGUAUCUUAAACGCUUCUAGUUGACAGAUUUAUAUUGGCAUACACACGAAAAUCUAAAGCUAUCUUAAACCAACCCAAGUGAAUCUAAAUCCGCAAUGUCCAAACCCACAAAUCUCGAGCCCUCCGAGCUGGGCACAAAGGAAUACUGGGACAACCUCUACACGACCGAACUAACCAACCACGCGCACAACCCCUCCGACACCGGCACAGUCUGGUUCGACGACUCCGACGCCGAAACCAAACUAAUCGACUUCCUCAGCGCCCCGGACCUCGUCCCCUCCCUUAACCUCUCGCAAGCGACGACCAGCUUCCUCGACCUCGGCACCGGCAACGGGUCGCUGCUCUUCGGGCUACGCGACGCCGGCUGGGCCGGCCGGAUGCUCGGCGUCGACUACUCGCGUCAAAGCAUCGAAUUCGCGCGACGCCUCGCGCAAGCGCGCAUCUCGCCAGACUCCUCAUCCUCCUCAUCCUCCCUCUCGGACCCAGACUCAGCGCGGUCCGACGACGACGAAGAAAGGGCAGGAGUAGUAGGACGAAGAGAAAACGAGCAACCCAUAACCUUCCUCGAGCACGACAUCCUGCGCACUUCCCCCGCGGCGCUGCUCACCUCCGCGCAGUCGCGCGGCUGGGACGUCGUCCUCGACAAAGGCACCUUCGACGCCAUCUCGCUGUCCUCCGAAACCGACCCCGCGACGGGGCGCCGCGUCGCCGAGUCCUACCGCUCGAAGAUCGCGCCCCUGGUGCGCGAGGGGGGUCUCUUCCUCGUCACUAGCUGCAACUGGACCGAGGCCGAGCUGCGGGGCUGGUUCGCGGGCCCCGCCAAGGAGGGCGAGGAGGGCGAGGUGGAUGAGGAGACGAGGAGGUGGCGGUUCGAGGAGGUUGGCCGGGUCAAGUAUCCCAGCUUUAGCUUCGGAGGUGUCAAGGGGCAGACUAUUAGCAGUUUGUGCUUUAGAAAGGUGAGGAAUAUCGAGAAGUAGCGUGACUAUUAUUACUUAUAUAAGCGCUACGAGCAUGGAGACGGAAAUUUGGCACUUGGAAAUAGGAUAAAAAGAUGCCCCUUAUAGUAGUAAAUAAAGUAAAUAAAACAGAAGCAAGUCAACA